UGAUAAAACAAAACAAAGGUAAGCGUUUUCGCACCACCAACACCAUCGUUUGCGCGGUGUCGGUGACAUCUCCCCGUUUCUCUCUCUCUCUUCCCCAUUAACCUCACAUUUUUUUCUCUCUCAAUUUCCCUUUUGUUCUCCCCAAAUAAAACAAAAUUCCGAUUCAAACCAACCGGAUCGGAUCCAAAAAAAAUGGCCGCAGCGAGGCGUCUCCGGGAGCUCCAAUCGCAGCCAGGAAACAAGAUCUGCGUCGACUGCUCUCAAAAGAAUCCCCAAUGGGCCUCCGUCUCAUACGGCGUAUUCAUGUGUCUCGAAUGCUCCGGCAAGCACCGCGGCCUCGGUGUCCACAUCUCGUUCGUCCGAUCCGUGACCAUGGAUUCCUGGUCCGAGAUCCAGAUCAAGAAAAUGGAAGCCGGCGGUAACGAGAAGCUCAACUCGUUUUUAUCACAGUACGGUGUUCCGAAAGAAACCGAUAUCGUCCCUAAAUAUAAUACUAACGCCGCUAGCGUUUACCGUGACCGUAUUCAAGCCCUUGCCGAGGGUAAACCCUGGAGGGACCCACCCGUUGUUAAGGAAACAAUUGGCGGCAGUAAUAAGAAGCCGCCGCUGGCUAGCGGCGGCGGCGGCGGGGGGAAUUAUCGGAGAAAUGGCGGGUGGGAUAGUUGGGAUAAUGACGAUUCUGUUAGAUCGAAUAGUAAUAAUGAUAUUAGAAGGAAUCAAUCUGUUAGUGAUUUUAGAGGCAAUGGUGAUGGUGGGAAUGGGGGUGUGCCGGUGCGGUCGAGGUCGUCGGCCGAUAUGUAUACGAGAUCACAAUUGGAGGCUUCUGCUGCGAAUAAGGAGACGUUUUUCGCGUCAAAAAUGGCGGAGAAUGAGUCGCGGCCUGACGGGGUUCCGCCUUCUCAGGGUGGGAAGUAUGUUGGGUUUGGAUCGAGCCCUGCUCCGUCUUCGCAGGGGAAUAAUAAUAAUUAUGGUAAUUCGCAAGGGGAUGUGCUUGCUGUUGUCUCUCAGGGAUUUGGUAGGUUAUCUCUUGCUGCUCAGUCGGCGGCUAGUGUUGUCCAGGCUAGCACUAAAGAUAUUACUUCCAAGGUAAAGGAAGGUGGCUAUGAUUACAAGGUCAAUGAAACUGUCAAUGUUGUAGCUGCAAAAACAACAGAGAUUGGACAGAGAACAUGGGGGAUUAUGAAGGGAGUCAUGGCUAUUGCUUCACAGAAAGUGGAGGAGUACGCUAAAGAAGGUGGCUGGAAAGCUGAAAACUGGCAACGAAAUGAGAAUGAAAGUAAUGGAUAUUAUCAGGACUUUAACAAACCAGAAAAUAAAGGAUGGAAUUCAUCAAAUUCUGGAGGACAAUCCUCAUCAACUGGGCAUAUUAAUUCUAACAGCUCAAACUCUUGGGAUGAUUGGGAUCAGAAAGACACUAGGAAACAAGAUAACAUUAAAAGCUCCGGAUCACAUAAUAAUGAUAGCUGGGCAGGAUGGGAUGAUGCCAAGGAUGAUGGAUAUGACGAUCAUUUCUACCAGAGUGCACCUGAUAACAAAUCUGUUGGUCACAAUGGGAAAUCAGAUGGCACAUGGACCGGCGGAGGCUUUCUUUAAGUGUGUAGUUCCAAACCGAAUAGCUACUGGUUAUAAUGAUGCUCGAUUGGCCGAUUUGGAUUUGUGCCGACUGCAGCUGAUAAGAGAAGUAUAUGGUUGCAUGCAUAUGAAAUGUGUCUUGAAGGGAGAAGCGGUUGUGGAUGUUGGUAUAUUUUCUGCAAUUUGUUUUUGUUUCUCUUUUUUUAAUUUCAAAAAUUUAUGUACGUUUUUGAUUUAUGGGAAAUCAUGGUUUGCUGAAAGUAGGUCAUGUAUGUACAACUUCAAAUAGGGGGGAUAAUUGCCCCAUCAUAGAGAACUGAAUUUGAUCAAAUAUUAUUUGUAAUUUUACUUUUUUUAAUGACUUGCUGAAUCAUUUUUUGUCCAA